UUGAUUUUAGUCUCGCCCACGUCACAUGACCAAAACAUGGUGGGUGUCUGAAUUCAAGGGAAGAGGAAACCAAUUACCAAACGUGGCAAACCUUCUUGUAUUUCAUAGUCUAGUAAUCGCUGAACAAAAACCAGACGCUGACAAAGAAACAUGCCUUCCACACCUCAGAUGUCUCCCCAGGAAGAACAGGAGAAGCUUUUGGAAGAGGGAAUCAGUAUAGUUAAGAACCAGUCAUUCCAAAUGAAAAGAUGUCUGGACAAAGGGAAAUUAAUGGAUGGACUGAAGCAUGCUUCAACAAUGCUUGGAGAACUGAGAACUUCACUUUUAUCACCAAAGAGCUACUAUGAAUUAUAUAUGGCUAUUUCUGAUGAAUUGAGACACUUAGAACUGUACCUCUGUGAUGAAUUUCAAAAAGGAAGGAAAGUUGCAGAUCUGUAUGAACUUGUUCAAUAUGCAGGAAAUAUUGUUCCCAGGCUCUACCUGCUGAUUACAGUGGGAGUAGUGUACAUUAAGUCUAAUGAACUGUCCCGUAAAGACAUUCUGAAAGACUUGGUGGAAAUGUGUCGAGGUGUACAGCAUCCCCUGAGGGGCCUCUUUCUGAGAAAUUACCUACUGACUUGUACAAAGAAUGUGCUGCCUGAUACUGAAGAAGAACAAGCCACAAAUGACUAUGAGUAUGGGACAGUGCUAGAUUCCAUUGACUUUAUCCUUCUGAACUUCUCAGAGAUGAACAAGCUCUGGGUUCGCAUGCAGCAUCAGGGUCACACAAGAGAUCGCACAAAGCGUGAACAGGAGAGACGAGAACUCCGAAUUUUGGUGGGAACCAAUCUCGUUCGGCUUAGUCAGCUGGAGUGUAUUGAUAUGGACAAGUACAAAAAGGUGGUUCUACCUGCAGUGUUGGAACAAGUUGUGUCCUGCAGAGACCCCAUUGCUCAGGAGUAUUUGAUGGAGUGUAUUAUCCAGGUAUUCCCAGAUGAUUUCCAUCUACAGACUCUAAAUCCUUUCCUCAAAGCCUGUGCUGAACUCCAUGAGAGUGUCAAUGUGAAAAACGUCAUUAUAGCCUUAGUAGACAGGCUUGCCCAAUUUGCACAGAAUGAGGAGGGAUCAGGAAUUCCCCCAGAGAUUCAGCUCUUUGAUAUAUUCUCACAACAGAUAGCGCAAGUUAUUCAGAAUCGACCCGACAUGCCUCCCGAGGACAUUGUUGCCCUACAGGUGGCGCUGGUUAACCUGGCACUGAAAUGUUACCCAGAUAAAGUGGACUAUGUUGACAAAGUACUGGAAACAACUGAGGAUAUCUUCAACAGACACAAUCUGGAUCAAAAUCUACAAAAAUUGGAACAACCACAGAAAAUACCUAUGAUAUGUUUGGAGUAUGGCAGUCUGGUUUCCAAGGAACUGAUGAAACUAAUGAAGAUCCCAGUAGACUCCUACAACAAUAUUCUGACAGUCCUGGAAUUGCAACACUUUGGUCCCAUUUUUGAUUAUUUUGAUUACCAGAGCAGGAAAAUCAUGUGCUCCUAUCUCAUCAACAAUGUGCUGGAAAAUGAAACUUGUAUACCCACACAGGAUCAGGUGGACAGCAUUCUUAACAUUGUGAAUGUCCUGGUACAAGACCAGAGUGAUCAGCCAACAGAACCAGACGACCCAGAAGACUUUGCUGAGGAGCAGGUGCUCAUGGGAAGAUUUAUACACCUACUCCAAGCAGAAGAUCCAAAUCAACAAUAUCUAAUCAUCAAUACAGCUAGAAAGCAUUUUGGAAGUGGAGGGGACAAAAGAAUCAAGUUUACUCUUCCACCCAUUGUCUUUGCUGCAUACAGAUUAGCAAUGAGAUACAAGGACGCAAAAGAAGAGGAUGAAAACUGGGAGAAGAAAUGCCAAAAGAUAUUCCAGUUCUGUCACCAGACUAUAGGAGCCUUAAUCAAGGCAGACAUGGCAGAGAUGCCACUCAGACUGUUUCUUCAGGGAGCAAUGACAGCUGGAGAGAUCGAGUUUGAAAACCACGAAACAGUAGCCUAUGAAUUUAUGUCACAGGCAUUUUCUCUGUAUGAAGAUGAAAUCAGUGAUAGCAAAGCUCAACUUGCUGCGAUUACGCUCAUCAUCGGAACACUGGAACAAAUGAGUUGUUUUGGAGAUGAGAAUCAUGAACCUCUCAGAACUCAAUGUGCUCUGGCAGCGUCCAAACUCCUUAAGAAGCCAGAUCAGUGUCGUGGUGUCUGCACAUGCUCACACCUCUUCUGGUCCGGGAAAUCUACUGCACAGGAAGGGGAGCUCCAAGAUGGGAAGAGGGUGUCUGACUGUCUGAAGAAAGGAGUAAAGAUCGGCAAUCAGUGCAUGGAUAACUCUGUUCAAGUCCAGCUGUUUGUGGAGCUUCUAAAUCACUAUAUAUACUACUAUGAAAAAGGCAAUGAUCAGGUAACAAUGCAGGUACUGAAUCAGUUGAUAGCAAAAAUUAAAGAGACGUUGCCCAACUUAGAAGCAAACGAGGAGACUGAACAAAUAAACAAGCAUUUCCAGAACACUGUAGAACAUUUGAAACUUCGACGAGACAGUACCGAAACAGAUGGGCCUUCUUAUGAGGAAUUAGUGCUGUAGUUUUUAACAUCUCGCCAUGCUCUGUAGGAUGGUUUACAUUGUUUCAGUGCUGGAAAGAAGUAGACAGUACCAGCACUGCUCUGUCUAGCACUGCAAAUCCUGAUGUUAGAAGUCUUUAUAGAGAUAUGUGUGAAUUAAUUUUUUUUUUCAUCUAGUGUUGUAUUUUAUGUCAGACUACAGAAUUCUUACAUCAGUGUGUAACAACAUUAAUUAAGUACCAGUAUUGUGAUAGCUGAAAUUAACUAGUGCUAAGUGUGUUUUCAGAUGAAGUAUAUGCAUUCAAAAAUACACAUGUAACUGUAUAAAUUAUUUUAAAAUUCUCCACUAUUUGUACAUGAAAAUGCAUGAUUGGACUAAUGGAAACCCACCCAUGAAACAAAAUGUGUAUAUUAUGCAUAAUGUAGAUUCCAUUCAAUGUUAAAUAUAUGUUGUACAAUUGUUUGAUAAAUAAAUGAAUAUAUAACUUACA